AUGGGAGAGCCUCCUGGCACACCUCGUGGCCUCGCUUGGGUAGCGCAUCCGCUGCGCUGGUUCGGGUCUCAUGGUGUGUCCAAUCAAGAAGAAAGCGUCACAGGGCCCUCUGUUCCGUUGGGAGCCUCCGAAAAUGCGACGACUCAAGGACCCCACCGGCAGCAUCAGCAAAGGCUGGCAGCCUCCAUGACUCAAGACUCCUCGCGAAUCCUCGAUUCACAGGUUUCGCAGUUCCCGGAGGGCUCUCCUGCUACAGAAUGGCAGGAGUCUGGGAGCAGCCUGCAGCCUCCCUCGUCUAAGGCCACUCCCCGAGGUGUUGGCUCUGCUGCUCAGAAAAGCACCGUAAGGAUUGGAGGGAAGGUGAACCCAGGAGAGGCCUCUGCAGCAGCAGCUGCGGGCCCAGGUAGCUUGAACAUGAAAUAUAUUCACAAGUUUGUCAUCGACAUGAACAAGCGAGCAGCCGCAAAACAGCAGGGCGCACCUGUAGAGUCCUGGGCUCCACCAGAAGGAACUUUCGGGCCUGAAGCAAUGACCAAAAGCAUUUUGGUCUUUAGCGGAAUUCCCCAUCAGGAACUCGAUAAUGUCAUCUCAGAAUCUUCCGCCAUGUCGCUGAUUCGGGAGUCCCUGGGGGCAACUGGGUGUCCAUCCAUUGAACUGGACUGUGUCUUCAUGGCCUCUGUGUCUUCCGCUUGCCACCGCUAUAAGGACAACCAGGAUUACGCGAAAACUCUUAUCAGGAGCCAACUCUUUCAAGGCCGAGACUUGUCCGAGCAGGAGUGGAAAGCAGUGCGCCAGUGCAUUGACUCCCUUUUAUCUUCCCUCGCCAGUCAGUGGAACCGCUUGGGGAAUAUGUCAAACGAAGCCGAUUUGAACCACCCAGUGGGAAUAAGGAGGGCGAUCCAAAGAGAAGUGUUGGCACAAAAGGCAGAGGUGAAAGACAAGAUCUUGCGCCACUGCGAGCUGCUCGUCGCCGUGGCCAGCCAUUGCCUCUCCCUUCCCGCGGCCUUCUCCACUACGCGGAUCUUCUACAACCAGACUCUAGGCACCAUAUUCCGUUUCCUUUUGGAGUUUUGCGAAGGAGUCGCUGCUUAUCAGUGCGAGGACCUUGCCGUCAAACACUUCAAGGCAGCUAUGGAGACAGCGCAAAAAGAUCUGCCCCCCUACCACACGCUGCGCAUUGAUGCUGUGGUGAGUUACGUUUCCUUCCUUCACCAGCAAUUAGGCGAACGUCAGGAGGCCAUGGAAAUAGCCAGAAGUGCAUUCAAGGAAGUAGCCGAGACAAUGGACACAGUCCCCGAGGGAGACUUCGUGGUGGUCACCAAGGCUGCGAGAACCCUCUUGCGGCUUAUCAACUCGUGGUCUGAAGAUUCCAAGCGAGUUCUUAUAUCGACUGCUUCUGUAUUUUAA